GGGGGGGUGGGUCUGAUUUCUGCGCUGUGCGUUAAUACGCAGAAGCAUCUUUAACUCUUAAAAGAUGUGGUGGGUUUUCCGAGGAUGGAUAACGUGUGUGCUCGUCACCUUUUCCGCACAGGACGCUAUUUCCAAAUCAACCCAGUGCAAAGAAAAUUAUUACUUAAACGACUCCACGUGCUGCAAAAAGUGUCCAGCAGGUCAGCGUGUGCUUUCUCACUGCAGUGAAUACCAGGACACUGUAUGUAUACAAUGUAGUCAUGAUACGUAUCAACCUGGCUGGACGGGAUACAUGACCUGUAUCAAAAAGAAGUACUGUGAUCCGGGUAAGGGAUUUUUGAGAAGAAAUGAGCACAGUGAAGACCCGAAGAGAGAGGAACAGUGUCAAUGCCGGCCUGGUUUCCAGUGUUCUCUCAUCAACUGCGAAUACUGUGAGAAGAUACCCACCUGCGGGCCUGGUUGGGGACUUGAGGAAGACCCUGCAGCUUCAAAAAAUGGAAGGAAGAUCUGUGUUGGAUGUAAGAAUGGGUUUUACUCUGCUGAGGAGGAUCAGGAACAAUGCAAAGAAUGGACCAACUGUAAGGCCGAGGGCAAGAGCGAGAAGCAACGAGGCAGCGCUCAGGCUGAUGCAGAGUGUGGACCGCCUGUCUUUGGUCCAGCACCUUCCUGGUUUGUAGUUUCAUUGCUGUCAGUGGUUACUGUUCUUUGUCUCCUCAUUCUGCUGCUUUUCUGCUACAAGGACAAACUGAAGCUACUUUCUGUUAAUCUUCGAUCCUGCGUCCAGAAUCUGAAGAGGAGCAGGAUACAACAGGAGACUUUAGCCCCUCUUUACCGCAGUGGAGCUGCAGGAGGAGGAAUACCAGAAGUUGCUGGCUCCAAAUGUACACCGUGUGAGAUGACUGAACUCAUCUACCCAGCUUCUCCUAGUCCUGAGAUUGACCCGCCAUGCACCUUCCCAGCCUCUGUUCCCUGUGUCAUGAUCUCUCUGCCCUUCACAGAGGAAAUGGCAGAAAAAGAAGUGGUUAAGGAGAACAAAGUGACAGAGACAGAGAGCCGAGGAUCUGGUGAACCAGAGGAGCUGUCAGAAGAGGAGGUCAUUAAUGCUUCUCCAUUUUUGGCAAGUUCCUGUGUGUGUGUCAGUCUCGUUCGCGAGCCACUUGAAGUAGGGGAGAAUGAGGACUGUAGCCAGGCUGUUAUUCCUGGGACAACAGGAACAUGCUCAUGCGGAGGCCUCGAAGUAAAAAAGGAUGGAGAGGAAAAUGUAAAAGAGGACAAAAGUGACAAUCAAUUACCUGAGGAAAGGGUUGAUCAGGAAAAGAUGGGCACAUCUUUGAAUGAGACAAGUGUUAGAUCACUGGUCUCAGUGUGUCCUCCUGUCCACACUUCCUCUCUUGUUCUUCCAUCCAAUCCCCUUCCUGACCUCUGCCUUCCGUUGUCCCAGGCUCAGUCGACGCAGUCCAGGUCCACCCUGUCUGACAAAUCGCUGGUAAAACAGGACGAAUUAUACAGACUGGCAAGCACAGAAUCUGAUUCGUCUGAAAACAAUGAAGCCUCCGCUAUGACCCUGGUCAGUGCAGUGAUGAUGUCUACAUCUGCUGGAGAGCUGUACCUGGACAAGACACAAGAGGCCUCAAGGUUGGAACACGGCCAGGGAAUUUUCUGCGGGAAUAGCAAGGAGAACAAGCUCUCUUUGGAGGAGUCAGAACUGGAGUGCUCUCCAGAGAGCCUGCACAGUGAGCUGGCUGAACCAACUCUUACCUCAGGUCUUAUUUCCGGCAGCCACAACACCACUUUCAUCUCCAGCGGUCAGGUGAUGAACGUUACCGGUGACGUCAUCGUCGUCUAUGUGAGCCAGAUGUCUGACAGCAGCGACGAGGGUGGGCCGGACGGUGCCUUCGGGAGCCCUGUGCAGGAAGAAGCCAAUGAAACAGCCCAGUUUUUCCAGAGCUGCCUGAGGUCUCAAGGGGUCUCCAUUUCCCAUAGCACGUUGCGAGAAAAGACGCUGCCAGUGCAAGAAAUGAUACUGGGAAAGUGAAGGGUGACUAGCAGCUGUCAAAACAGUGAUCAUCUCAACAACCUUAACAUCCAUCAAAAUAAAUAAAUUGGUUUAUUCUUAAAGUAAGGGAAAACAAAAAUUUAAUUUUUCUUUAGUUGAGUUUUAUACCUAUUUUAUUUCUCAUAUCAUGCCCAGACCUUCUUAGAUGGAAACUUUUUUCUUCCCAACAGUGAUGGGUAAUUUUCUAGGGAACUAAGUUCAUGGUGGAAAAAACAUGUUUUUUUGUUGGAUGGAAAUUUCCACUGGAUUUUGACACUAAUAGUUAAUACUUAUCUAAUUUCUCGCCUUUUAUUCUCCACACUUAUGUCUACAGACUAUUCUCUAAGUUUGAAAUGUGGAUGAUUCAACUUUCCUUACUUACCUAAAUAUCCACCAUGUGGAAAAUAUUUUCACAGUUUUUUUUUAUGGUUGAAACUUUACUCGGUUAGCCACACUAGGAGCUGGCAGAACACCGAGUCUGUCCAAAGAUGAUGAUGAUGAAUUUUCAGCAUUUCACUGAGUGAAGCUUGCAGAAGCUAUUUUUUACAAUAUGAAAACACAUCAAGUUCUGGUAUGAUGCUUGUUUAAUCUGUACAGAGCCUUUGUUUAUUGUCACUUUAUUGCACCAAAUGUGCAAUUCAUGUCUAAGAGAAAAAUGCUAUGCAUUUGAUAAGCUAUUUCAUUACUGGUUUGUUUUAUUUUGCAAAUUUUAAUGAAGAAAAUCAAUAUGUUUUAAGAAUGUUUUUUUUUAAGGUAAAUUCUUAAUGGUUGUUUGUCCAAAAUUUCAGAAGUGAUACAUGAUUGUAUAUAUUCUAAAGAAGCAUUAUCUAUUUGUGAAAGAAGUAUGAGUUUUUCUUCUUUUUAUUUUUGGCGGGGAUGUGUUAGAUCAUGUGGUGCAGCUGAGAACAGGCAAAAUGCAAAUUAUUCUAGACUUAGUGGCCCCUAAAGAAGGCCAGUUCUUGAAGCUUUUAUUGUCUUAAUACAAUUUUGGCUCUUAUUAUAAUACUAUUCCUAUCCAACAUGUGGUUCUUUAUUUAAAGAGUAUUUGGAGUGUCUAUGAAACAUUUCAAUAUUUAAUAUGGCCCUACACUGUAAAGCCUUAUGGUUUCAUCAUUGGGAAUUUGUUUAUGUUUUUCUUUACAUUGAAAGUGAUGUGUUGGUGUUUAUAAUGACACAACAUGUUGAGUUACAGCAAAAUGUUUUGAUCAUUAUUGCAAAUUAUGUGGAAUUAAGAUUUGAUAUUUGCUUGGUAUGCAAACAUUUCACAGUGAUCCUUGCUUUCAGUUUGUCAUUAGUAUGCCAGCAGGCGGGUGCGUAGUAAGUGUGGCAUUCGUAAUGUUUGUGUUUACAAAAGCUGUUUUGUGUUAUUUACCUGGUUCCUAACUGUUUUCAGCCCCUUAAGGACCAAAUGUGGCAAUGAUAAAGCUGAAGAAUUGUUGUGUUAAUUACCACACGGUCAGUUUUGGGUUUUUUUUGGCAUAGAGUUCAGCUCAGAAUUAUUUAAACCCCUGGCAGAUUUAGGUUUAAAGAUUUUUUUUGCCAACAUGUUUCUUUUGACAUGAAGUUACUUAGUACUUAUUUUGUUAUGUAUUUAUUGAGUCUUGACUUGAUUCUGGAACAAAAUCUGUGGAUUAGACUGAUGGCAAGGAGGUCCCUUAACCUUAAAGACUUGGAGCCCAUCAUUAAAGAUAAAUAAACCAAAUACCAGUGGAAACAUACAAAACUAGGGUUUCACUGCUGUAAUGUCCAUAAAGGUUUUUACUUGGUUAUUCAAAAAGGAGCUACAUAACUUUUUGGCAUGUUAUUAAAUAAAAAGUGAAUAAAUGAAGAGGAAUAUGUUUUCUUAAACUGAAGCUCCUUUUACAUUAUUUUAUUAACUAAGAGAUGUCAGUCGGAUUUCCAACGAGAACCAAAGGUCUUAGUUGAAUGAAAAUCAUUUUAAAUCUAAAUCUGUCAGGAUCCAAAGAGUUUUGAGUUUAUAGUUUUCAGUGGAUACUAAGCCCUUUGAAUUCUCUUAUAAAGCAGCUUCUGAUGUUAUGCCAUCUCCUAUACUCUCACACCCGAUGGACACAACAUUCACACAAAGUAAAAAAAAAAAAAACAUUUUCUCACAUUUUCACAACUUCCUUGCACUAAAAAAUCAAGCUAAAACUAUGUUCUAACUUGCAAUUCAUUUGUCACAUGUGGUCUGAAAUAGUGUGUUUUCUGGAAAAGACGGAAGGAAAACCUUUGACGAAAACAACAUUAUGCUUUACUGUUGUCUUGCUUGGGUUCCCUACACUGAUCAAUCACAACCUCACCAUGUGUACGCAGCUUUUAACAAAUCAUGUAUAUAUCAAUCUACCCUGAAGCAAUGGAUAAAUAAAAAACAAUUUUGAUUAAAAUUAAUUAUUUUCAAAAUUAAA